UUUAACAAAAAAAAAUCACAUAAUAAAACUAUGGAUUUCACUAAGAAAGUUUUGAUCGUAUUUGCUCUCAUCAUUAUGUUGUUGGGUAUCUAUUCUAUUCAUUGUCGUCAAAGUUUUAAACCCAUGAUGCCUUGGUUUGGAGAAGGACGUUAUCAAUGUUUCGACACAAAACCAUGUCUGCAAGGGAUGGUGAAAUGCAUUGAAUUCUGCUCCUCAAUGGGGACUGCAAAUGGACAAUGUAAUAAUGAAAACCUAUGUUGCUGCAUUUAUUAA